UGUUUGCGAAGGUCCCAGGCACUCCCAGCGGAUUUUGUGGCCUCCUUCAUUAUCCCAUUUCGGUUUCCAAACGAGGUUUUCUUCAAAACAAAUCAAUCUCUGCAUUCUGCAUUACCUGCUGGUGGGUUGAGAAUUCCGUCUUGUUGAGAGAGGUUGUCAACAGAGGAAUCAUAAAUGUCUUUGCCAGAGCCUGUUGCUGAUUCUCAGCUUCCAGACUGGGCAAAGCCCAGAUCUGCAGAGGAUGGUGAACCUGUGAGGAAACUCGACUUAGUUGCAGCCCUUAAAAAAACAGCCUUUGUGCUUGGAACUGUGUUGGUCAUUUUUGCAUCUGCAAGAAAUUCCAUAACUUGGCAUUUUGAGAACUUUUGGGGUGCGUCAAAGAGUUUUUGGCAGGACAAGUGGAACGACUUCUACUGCCUGUUUGGAAAAAAUGAUUUUCUUUUUUCCUCUUUUGGGUCUCUGGUUAUUCCAACAUUUGUUUUCUGGGUGUUUGGUGGAAUACUGUCCCUGAUUGCAGUCACUGGCAAGCCUAGUUUCUUAAUGAAGUAUAGAGUGCAAGACGACAAGCCAAUCGAAUGGAGCAAAGUAAAGAAAGCUGUUAAAGUUUGCCUUUUCAAUCAGUUUGUGGUUGGAUUUCUUCUCACCCUUGUGACCUAUCCAUUGGUCAAAUGGAGAGGCUGUGGGUUCACUGCGGAGGAGCUUCCAACAUUUCAAUGGGUUCUCUUGGAGAUAUCCGUGUUUGUAUUGGUGGAAGAGUUUGGCUUCUAUUAUUCUCACAGAUUGGGACAUCACCCCCGCCUCUACAAGCAUAUUCACAAGACCCACCAUGAGUGGACCGCUCCAAUUGCAAUAAUUGCCAUCUACGCGCACCCCUUGGAGCACCUUGUAUCGAACCUGGCUCCAAUUGUUCUAGGCCCACUCAUCAUGGGAUCCCAUAUCGCUACCACGUGGCUUUGGUUCGUGUUGGCAAUAAUGUCAACGAACAUUUCCCACUGCGGUUUUCAUUUGCCCUUUUUGCCAUCGCCUGAGGCACACGACUACCAUCACUUGAAGUUCACAAACAACUUUGGUGUUCUUGGCGUGCUCGACAGAUUUCACGGGACGGACAACAUGUUCCGAAACAGCAAAUGCUAUGAUCGCCAUAUUAUGCUUCUUGGGUUGACCCCAUUAAAGGAGAGCAUCCCAGAUGAGCUCAAAAAGGGAGAGUGCAAGAAGGUAGACUAGAGAAUUUUGACUUAAAGUUAUGGCGUCUCGUGGAAUGGCGAAUGUUAACUGGUGUUUUUCUUUAGCUUUUCGCUACGUCUAUAUCUACUCGUUUAAUGUGAUUUUUUGUGAAUAGGUUGCUGUCAUAUGUCAUAAUUGUACAUCAAAUUGUGGAUUUUUUUCACUUUUAUUGUAGUAUUUAUAAUUUCAUUUCAUUGUGAUGUUGCACAAUUAUCAAUAUUAUCUCUGAAUAAGAUUGCAUAA